AUGACUCUGUCACGGAACGGGACAUUGGAGAAGACAUCUGAGCUGCCCCACUCUGAAACGAGCUCCCCUUCGAGAGCUGCUGGGGUGGUGGUCCCCCCACCGUACUCCACGAGUGGCAGCGAUGCCCCCGACCCGCCGCUGGAGUUGAGGGGCUCUCUUGACUGCUGGGCCUGCUCCGUCCUGGUCACAGCUCAGAAUCUUAUCAUCGCAGCAAUAAACGGCUUGCUAGCCGGCAUCGUGUUUGGUACCAUCCUCACCCCGGCGCUUGUCAUGAUCAUAUUCGGCUUCCUCUGCCACUCAACGGUGCAGCCACAUGGUACCUCAGUGUACUGUUCAGACGUACUGGAUGAUGCUGGCUGCGUAGCAUUGCUGGUUGUCGGAUUUCUGCUGCUCACGCCGCUGCUGGUCCUGGCUCUAGCAGCCUUCUGUCGCCUGGCUCGCCACCUCCAACUGGGCUUGUGCUUCAUUCCCUACAGCAGAGCCGUGUAUAAAAACCUGCCCCCCGCCCGCAGCAGGGAAGUAGGAUUGGGCGGCUGUUGUAGCAUGCCCGAGGCCUCAGACAGGGAGGGAAAGGGCAGCGUUUGGGUGUAA